CAGUGACUUGUCCGAGCCAGCAGCGAUGAGUGUCCGUCCGGCCGUCUGUCCGUCUGUCCGUCUGUCUCUGUAAAUGACAAUAAAAUAUAAUAUAUUAUAAUAUUAUAACACAAAGCGUGUUACCGUGACGCCACCGGGCGGAUUUCAAAAGUUUGAGAUUUACAAACAGUCGUAUAUAGAUAUAGUAUUACGAUAACGAUGCGAAAGUCCUCCAAAAUGUAUACUGAUAACGCCGGCCAGUAGUUGUCGUGUUGGUUAAUAUAUCGCUGUCCCACGAGGAAUGUUUUCCCCACGCUUUGUUCUACCUACCUAUAUACAAUGUAAUGCAUAUACGUAAAAUAUAAUAUUACAUUACGUACACCAAUCGUAAUACUACAAUAUCGACCCGAAUGAAGGACCUUAGAAUAAUUACUGUUUUACUCGUUAUUAUCACACCCGGAGUCGUCGGUACUAGUACGGAAUGCUCAGCAUAUCAAGCUCGGUCCAUUUACUGUUACGAGUGCGACAGCGCCAAAGAUCCACGCUGCAAAGAUCCUUUCAACUACACAGCCAUGCCUCAAGAUCAACCGCCACUGGUCAGCUGCAACGGCUGUUGCGUUAAAAUGGUCCGGUACGUGCGAACUUCAUACGAGAGCAUCAAGAGAACGUGCACAUCACAACUGCAAAUCAACCUGUUCAUGGUUGACCACGUGUGCAUGAUGGAAGGAACGGGUACGGGACACAUGUGUUUCUGUGAGGAGGACAACUGCAACGCGGCUACCGGACCGGCACGAUCAUCGGCGUUAGUGUCCGGUGCCAUAGCCCUCGCAAUGUACGCGCUUAAACUACUGUUGUACCGGUAGACCUGGUCCAAUAGCAUUUCAUCACACAUUUAUUUACAAUUUUUAUUUUCCCUAAGUGUAUAUUUUUAUUUUUAUUUUUUAUCAUUUCACUUAAAUCUAUACGUAUGAAGUAAUAACUAAUAAUAAUAAAAAUAACAAUAAUGUCAUUAAUGUCGAAAUAUGUUAACAAUACAAGAGCCCUAGUUGACAGAAUAAAAACUCAAAAGCCAUUGUUAUAA